UUUUUUUUUUUCUUUUUUUUCUUUCUUUUCUUCACCCGAUUUUUCUCUUCUCCUUGAUCACCCUUCCUCCAAAACUGGCUCAUCUCUUCUUAUUCAUCAAGCUUUCUUCACUUAGUUGCCCUUUUGCCAAACAGCCCCGUUUCAUCUCUCUGAUAACCAAGUAUUCAAGGUCUAAAAUGUACCACAAGAGAGGACUUUGGGCUAUCAAGGCCAAAAAAGGCGGCGUUUUCCCUCGCCACGAUUCGAAGCCUGCCACAGAGAACCCACCUCAGAAACCUCCCAAGUUCUACCCCGCUAAUGACGUCAAGAAACUGCCUGUCAACAAGCGCAAGCACAAGCGCACCAAGCUUAGGUUCAAUUCCGAAAAGGACUAGUAUUACACUGGGGACGGUGUUGAUUGUGUUGGCUGGGAAAGGGAAGAGAGUUGUAUUCCUGAAGCAACUUUCAUUCGGCUUGCUUCUGGUGGGCAAGACCGAUCCAUAUGUUAUUUUAAGCCUAAGGGUCCAAGUCAUACGCAGCAAAAAGAACAGCGAAACCAUAGUCAUUGGACCUCCUGGUGAACCAAUUUGGAAUCAGUCGAGCACAAUUGAAUUAUGCAUGGAGAAACAGAUCCUGAAUUUAUUUAAACUCACAGGGAGAACUUGGAAAAGGAACCAUGAAUUAUGGAGCUCAGAAAUCAGAAUUAUGAGAACAACAGAGUUGGCUGCUGCAGAGGAGAAGCUACAUGAGCUUGAGAGACAAAAGGAAGAAAUGUUGAGGUUCGGUUCCCUUGCUUCCCUUCUCCAAAGGCUUCAAGACAUGAUUGAAGAAUUAAUCAACAAGGGGUAUGAACGUUGAAAUAAAGCAGCUGCAAUGAAAACUCCUAUUACUAAUUGAUUGGAAAAUAUCAUGCAAGAGCGCUCAAAUAAUGGCAGAGGCUUACGUGUUAUUCCAUUGAACUUAUAUGAGUUUCAAAUUGUUGGCUAUGGCAUGUUCGUUGGAGUAGUCAACUUAGAAAAUAAGACGUGCUCAUACAAGGAAUUCGACAUUGAUGGAUUUCCUUGUGUCCAUGCAAUUGUAGCAUAUAAGUAUUGACAUAUUUCUCCAUAUAUCCUUAGCUCGGCGCAUUACUCAUUUGAUUCAUUCCGUGACACAUAUUCAAAAACCAUAUAUCCACUUGGAGAUAAAUGUCAAUGGCAUGCUCGAGAUGAUGUCAUAAACCAGCUUGUACUUCCACCUAAGAUUGGCAAAUAGUGAGGAAGACCAAGAAAGAAGAGGAUUCAAUCUCAAGGAGAGGAACGUCUGCAAUAUAGAUGCGGGAGAUGCAAACAGAUUGGUCAUAGCAGCCGAUCAUGCUCGGCCGCUGUACCUCUUGAUAGCACUACCAACCAACAGCACCAUUCAACCAAAGGACCAUAAAUUGCUCUAUGCUAUAUUAAGACAAUGGGGGCAUGUUAUGCGGUAUGCGUGUGUUAUGCAAUGUAGUAGGGAAUGCAAUUAGUAGCUCAACCGCUAACAUGUGUUUUGGCAUAAUAGAUGUUGGUUUUAUGUGUUGUUUUGUUGGCAAAGUCAUCUGUCGUACUGUGUUUUUAAAAUAUCAUUCUGUGUUCAGUUUUUU